AUGUGUAUCAGUAUGAUAUUUUUCAUAGUAGCAAUCGACUAUCGUAAACGGAAAAUGAUUGAGGCAGAAGGAAAUGAGCGAAAGGAUGUCAAAAGCGAUUUCAUGGAAGAUAUCGACUACGCACUGGAAACGAUGCGAUACAUGUAUGACAUGCAGAGAGGCAAAGCUGCAAUUAGGGACGUUGUUGAAAAGGAGCAACUUGUAGUGGAGUACUACUGGCGGUGUCGUAUGGAUCGAUUCCAAUCGAUAAGCACCAAAGAAUGGACGGAGAACGAUGGACUUUACAUAUAUACAGCCUAUCUAGACACACGGAAGAAUUCACUUUAUCCGCGGAACAAUGCUAUACAGGUACUCGCCAUACACUUUCGAACACUACGCCAUAAGGUAUACUGUAACAUUUUCGACGAGAACCGUUAUGCUGUUGUCGAGGGUUACGUGCGGGAAAUCUGGCAACGAGGAUGGGAUCCAAGGGACCAUUUCUACAUCCCGAACCUGAUAACAUGCCCUAUACCGAGAAGAUUCGAUUCAUCCAAAAAUCUCUUUGUAUCAAUAACCCGUGAACCAUGCAGCGCGCAACGCGUCGCGGUGCGUGUGCGUAUCAGCCAAUCGAUGGCGGAGAAGGAAGCGGUCGCUAUAUGCGUCAAGGGCAUGGAUUUUCAGGAAGACGUCUCCUUGCGACUUGUAGAAUGGCUUGAAGCUCAAUAUCUACUUGGCGUUUCUACAGUAACCACAUACGUAUACACUGUCCCAAAGAACGUUCAAAAAGUGUUAGGCUACUAUGAGAAGUUAGGAAAGCUCGUACAGAUUCCUCUCACAUUACCAGGCCACUCACCGAACCUGCCUUUAGUACGCAGUCAAUACAUUGCGAGGAAUCGGCAACAAAAACGUCGUCAUGAAUUGAUACCCUACAAUGACUGCCUAUACAGGCACAUGAAUACCCAUCGCUAUAUCCUGAUCCUCGAUAUUGAUGAAUUGAUCGUUCCAACGCAGCACGAUAACUACCAUGAACUACUCCAAACUAUUGAACAAGACACACCUACUGAUCGUAUCAGCUCGUUAUCAUUCUCAAACGUUUUCAAAUUUCCCACCAAAAUGGUGAAUCAAUCAAUACCGGAUUAUAUGUAUAUGCUUCGGAACUCAUAUCGAUCACGGAAAACUAGUAAUCAUCGAGACUACGGUAAAAGUAUGACGAGUACUGCUAAUGUUGCUACCGUAUUCAAUCACUUUGCAUUGCAUCGAUUAUCGCCUAAUAUCAGCGGCACCUUUUACGUGCCACAGAGGCUUGGCGUCAAACUUCACUACAAAGCCACCUGUCCGAUUGAAGCCCGAAAGGAAUGUGACGAACUGCAAACGGAUACUGUAGUAGAUCACAGUCUUGAUCGAUUUGCCGGCGAAUUAGAACGAAGAGUAAAUCGGACAUUGAAUGAAUUAAAGUUUUUAGGAAUAUUGAAAGAGUAA